AUGGCCUUCUCCGUAGAAAUCUCGUCUCUCUCCCCUUACCCUUUGCCCGCAAACCCUAGAAGACUUUCUCAACUUGCUAUUUCCCCUUCCUUCUUCAAACCCUACGUUUUCAAAACUCUUGGUCGUAUCUCUGUUUCAUGCAGACGCCCCCUUUACCCCGUUUUCUCGGCGAGAACACAGGCAACUACUGACCUAGACGACGAUGACAAGCCUCACGAAGAAUGUGGGGUUGUCGGGAUCUAUGGAGACCCUGAAGCUUCCCGUCUCUCUUACUUGGCUCUUCACGCGUUGCAACACCGUGGCCAAGAAGGAGCAGGAAUCGUAGCGGCUAAUCAAAACGGUCUCGACUCAAUCACAGGGGUUGGAUUAGUCUCAGACGUGUUCAACGAGUCUAAACUAAACAAUCUUCCUGGCGACAUAGCGAUAGGGCAUGUCCGGUAUUCAACUUCUGGAGUCUCUAUGCUCAAGAAUGUUCAGCCUUUCAUCGCUACCUGCAAACUAGGAUCAUUCGCAGUAGCGCACAAUGGUAAUUUCUUGAAUUACAAGCAACUGAAGACAAAGCUCGAAGAAGACGGUUCGAUCUUCAUCACAAGUUCUGAUACCGAGCUUGUUCUUCACCUGAUCGCCAAAUCUAAGGCCAAGACGUUUCUUUCGAGGCUCAUCGAUGCUUGUGAGAAGCUUAGAGGUGCUUACUCGAUGGUUUUCGUCUUUGAAAACAAGCUUAUAGCUGUUCGUGAUCCGUUUGGGUUUAGACCACUUGUGAUGGGCAGAAGAAGAAACGGAGCAGUUGUUUUUGCCUCUGAGACUUGCGCUUUGGACCUGAUUGAUGCGACUUAUGAGCGUGAAGUGUAUCCCGGUGAGAUUGUGGUCGUGGAUGGAACUCAUGGAGACAGUUCUAUGUUCAUGAUCUCUCACCCUGAAACCAAACAGUGCGUUUUUGAGCAUGGUUACUUCUCACAGCCCAACUCAAUUGUCUUUGGCCGUUCUGUGUACGAAACCCGCCGCAAGUACGGUGAGAUCUUAGCAACAGUGGCACCUGUCGAUUGUGAUGUGGUCAUUGCAGUGCCAGACUCGGGAACAGUGGCCGCUCUUGGAUAUGCAGACAAAGCUGGCGUGCCAUUCCAGAUUGGUCUUUUGCGGUCACACUAUGCUAAACGCACGUUUAUAGAGCCGACUCAGAAAAUCCGUGAUUUUGCAGUGAAGGUGAAGCUAUCUCCUGUCCGAGCAAUCAUUGAAGGGAAGCGGGUGGUAGUAGUGGACGACUCUAUUGUCCGCGGUACCACAAGCAUGAAGAUAGUUCGGUUGCUUAGAGACGCUGGGGCGAAGGAGGUUCAUAUGAGAAUAGCAUUGCCGCCGAUGAUUGCAUCGUGUUACUACGGAGUGGACACUCCGAGGAGCCAAGAGUUGAUCUCUAGUAAGCUGAGUGUCGAGGAGAUCAAGAAGCAUAUUAAUUGUGAUUCUCUGGCCUUUCUACCAUUAGAUUGUUUAAAAGAGGUCUAUGGACCGGUCGGGUCAAAAAGGUAUUGCUAUGCCUGCUUUACAGGUGAUUAUCCCGUGACCACAACAGAGACCGAGGAGGAGGAAGCCGACGUUCUCUGAAUCAACAAUCAGCAUCC